AAAAAAAGAAAAGAAAAGAAUAUAACCGGUCCAUUCCGGUCCAAAACCGGACCGGAUAGGAACAAACAGGUCUAGACCGAAACUCGGACCGGUUGAUUACGAUCCGAUCCCCAGUCCACAAAAACAGGCGAUUUCGGGUUUCGGUCCGGUCCGGUCCGAUUUUGGACCGGUUCACAUCGUAAUUCCUCUCGAACAAACCAAAGAAGGAAAAAAAAAACCAACAAAAAAAAUACAACCUUGUUGUAUUGGCAAAGGUUUAGAGUUGGGGUUUAAGGAAGAAGUAGUCGUAUUAAGCGAGAGAAUUCCAGAGGUUGAUUCAAUAUGUGGCGAUGGCAGAUUUCCAAAUUGAGCACUAAAUCAAAACUACGGAGGUUUUCAACUUCACUCAAAUCUAAAUUUGAAGAUGAAGGUUCUUGGUCUUAUUCUACUCAGUGGUGGGGCUCUGAUUCUGAUCACCAUUCUCACUCUGUCUUUCGAGCUACUUCGACUCAUGGAAACGGCGUCGUCUCUGUCCUUUCUUAUCCUUCUUCCUUACCUGCAACAAAUCAUUGGCCGAAAACAGAAGAAUGGCUUAGGAAAAGAUAUGCAGAAGUAUGUUCAGAUGCUAAACAUGAUGAAUGCUUCAAAGUACUUGGUUACCAAUGGCGUGUGCUUCGAUUUAACGAUGUCACACGCCAGAGUGCUGUAAAAGUUAUGGCAGCUAUUAAAAUGUCUGAUACUAGUUCUGUAUACUACAUGCAGCAACCUCAUGUUCUGGCUGUUCCCUGGGUGUUUAUCUUGCUUUCAAAUUGUUUUGAGGUGCUAAACUGGCAGAUCAGAGAAUUGGAACUUGACAUUACAUUUCAAUAAUCAAGAUAAGUUGUGAUACGAAGAGUAUGGUAGCAGCUGGAUUCACUGCAUUAUCAUCUACUAAUUAUGAUCUUGUGAAUGCAGUCAAUGGAAACAAGCAAAUGCGUGUCUUAUGUGUAGGUCAUGGUGGAGGAAGUUUACCAUUAUUCAUUGCUUCUAAAAUUCAAGGUGCUGUUAUUGACAUUGUUGAAAUAGACCCUCUUGUUAUUGCAACUUCAAUUCAAGCAAUGGGCUUUCCAUUGUUUUCAGUUGCAGUUCCUUCAGGUUGCCAUGCUCUUUCAAAACCCAAUACAAUGGAUGAAGUCCUAUGGAAAGGUGUCCAUGAGAGACUUUUCCUCUAUGAAUCAGAUGCAGAGAAGUUCAUUCUCAACACAGAAAAUGUGUAUGACAUUAUCUUUAUUGAUGCAUAUGAUGGAAAUGAUAUUUUUCCUCGCAAGCUAUGGGACCCAGAUUCUCCAUUCCUUCUAGCCCUUGGCAGCAAACUCCAUCCUUGUCAUGGCACUGUGGUAGUGAAUCUUCAUUCUGAUGAUGAUUUGACUGCUGAUGCACCAGUUGCUGCUCUUCACCAGCCAGUUCUGCCUAUGAGAAAAUAUGUUUCUAGAGUCUGUCAAGCAUACAAGGAUAUGUUGGUGGGUAAAGAAAGUUCAUUUAGUAAAAACCAACUUCCUGGAGUGGGGUUCACUAUUACAGUUCCUUGGGUGUGCAACACAACCCUCGUUCUGUGUAGAGGUUUUGGUGUGGGUGCUGGAAGCUUGGACCAAGAUUUGGUUUUGAGUUCCCUCAUGUCCAAAUCUCUUGAGGUAGACAGGGAUUUAAACAUGCCAUUUUCAUGUUUACAGUAUCUAAAUAGAAGUUUUCGUCUUCGUGGUUGAUAUCUUAGAUGCGUUGGAAAAAAGCUUUUUCACUGCGGAAUGUUGUGAGGUUUUCCAGUGACACAAACGCAUUCUCCAUAGAUAUUGCCGGGAAGCUGGUUUUGUUGCCUGCAAGAUUAUGAGAUUGUGUGGCACACUUGGUACAUCACCAUAAAGAAAUCGAACACAUCAAGGUUUGAAAUCUCUUCUAAUUGUGUACAUGCUGAGUCUGUUCUUGUCAGGAACUCGUUAUUGGGAACUCGGAGCACUUAGCGUUCUUAUAUUUGAUUAGUUGCUCAAAAAAUCAAACACCUAUGCUUCUAGUACUCAUUGCUGUUCCCUCGGUUAACAGCCAAUGUUUCAGCUUUUGAAGAAGACUGCACUGGACAUUUACCUUGCACGCCAUUACUGCUAAUAGGCUGCAGUUAUCUUGAAGCAUUGUUAAUCAAUGUUAUGUAUGCAUCAUUGCUGUUCACAAUUGGCUUUGUGAGCCGUCAUUUUAUUAAUUUGAUUGAAUGGGAUGGUUUUUUCAUGCAGAGGCUCUUCGACUGAG